AUGUCAUCGUCAAACCUGACACCGGGCCAAAAAUUUAUUAGAAUGGUGAUGAAGAUAAAUAGCGACCCCAAUUCGUACAUUUACGAGAUUCCGUCAGAGGAAACGCUGAACGAUGACGUGUCCACGGAGCCUAAUGUCCAAAAGAAUCCAUUUCUGGAAACUUUGCAUAGAAGAUUGGAUCAGAUGAUGGAAGCGGAAGGAGAAGUCGAGGAGAAGAACGACUCUUCGGAUUCGGAUGACGGCGACAGUAGUGACGAUGAGUUCUUGCAGGAGAUUAACGGUGACCAGGAGCAAGACCUACAACCAUCAACAGAGGAGAACACUGUCGGAGAGCCGCGUGAUUUGGCUGAAAGUGUGUGCAGCAUUUUGAGAAGACGGAUGGAGGUGUCAUGGGAUAAGGAGAAAAUUACGCCCCAAAUAGCCGGAGUGUACCCAGGAGCAUCUCAAGUUAACCAGCCACCGGCAGAAGCGGCGGAAAUCAGAGAAUUGAAGUUGGCACUGGAAAAAGAGAGAAAAGAACAUAAGGAAACAUUAUCAGCCGGAAAUGACUAG